CUGUUGUACGGACUCGACACCGGCAUCAUAGCCACAACAAUCGGGCAGUCCACCUUCAAAGUCUACAUGUACGGGGGUUCCCAGGGUCCACCAGCACUAGUCGGCGGUAUCGUGGCCUCCUACUACGCGGGAGGCUGCAUCGGCGGACUUCAGUCCGGCUGGCUCAUGGACAGAUGGAGCCGUCGGUACACCGUACUCAUCGGCGCCGUCGUGAGCAUCCUUGGCGCGGCACUGCAGGCAGCUGCUGUGAACGCUGGGAUGAUGAUUUCCGGCCGUGUGUUCAGCGGAUGGUCCACCGGCGUCUUGUACUCCGUCACACCAAUCUACCUCGCCGAGAUCUCCCCGCCGGAGAACCGUGGCUUCUUGGUUGGGCUCAAGGGAUUGUCCAACGCCAUCGGUUUCUUUGUGGCCAACUGGGUAGGAUACGCAGGUUCUUUUGCGCACGGGAAUGGGCAGUGGAGGAUCCCGUUGGCUAUGCAGGCGCCGCCUGCGGUAGGGCUUGGGCUGUUGGUGAUUACCAUGCCCUUCAGUCCCCGUUGGCUGGUGAAGCAGGAAAGACACGAAGAUGCACUGACAGUUUUGAGAAAGCUCCACGGCCCUCGGGGCGAGGACUUCGUUCAGCGACAGUUUGUGGAGAUCCGAGAUCAGCUGGCGCUCGAAGCCGACCUUCGUCGUCAGUCGUCUCUGAAGAUUUUGUUCACUCGACAAUAUGCACGUCGAAUGUUGUUGGCUUGCCUCAUCGUGAACAUGACAAAGCUUUCGGGGUCUCAGGUCAUCCAGAACUACCAAAGUCUGAUGUACUCCGCGUUGGGGUUCAAGGGUCAAACCGUCUUGCUGAUUGCUGGAUGUUACGGCACCAUGGGGAUUCUGGGGCAAGUCUUCAAUCUUAUCUGGGUAUCGGAUACCUGGUCCCGCCGCAAGACGAUGUGCACCGGUACUGCAUCGCUUGCUGCAACCCUCUCGGUCCUGCUGGCGUUAUCCAAAUACUACCCGGACGACCGAAACCUGGCAGGCAGUUCGGCGGGCGUUGCCUUCAUAUUCAUCUUCUCAUUCCUUUACGCUGUCUUCUUCAACAGUACCAACUGGGUGCUGGUAUCGGAGAUCUUUCCGUUGCACCUACGAGGCACCGGGGUUGGAUUCGCGAUAUUCACUCAAGCUGUCACGGCAAUCUGGCUCAGCCAGGUUUCGCCUAUGGCCUUUGAUGCGUUGGAAUGGAAGUUUUAUUUUAUCUUUAUUGCAACGAAUGUUGCUGCGGGGUUGGUUUACUACUUUUUCCUACCGGAAACGAACCAACUUUCACUGGAACAGAUUGCUGCUGUCUUUGGUGACGCAGCUGUUGAAGGGAAGCCCGGAGAAAAGAAGCUUGAUGAAGAUGCUGACGUCAUCGAGCUUGAGGAAGAUCAUAGCUAG